CGAUGAUAUGCCGAAGCACGCGGGCGAUCAGUUCCCCGACCGCGGCCUCUCCCCGUCCAUACAACGGCGGUAUAUAUAUCAGCGGAUUCCAGACCUUUGCCCAUUCAAUCCCUUGCGUUUGGCUAUCUUGUGCACGACCUUUCACCCCGAGCAUUCCCCCAUACCAGUGACCUCCAUCGCCUUAAUUGGUGAGAUUUGACAGUAUAUCGGAUUAGCUGCGAACUUCCAUAGAAUUACAAGCUCGAUAGGACAAAAAUGGCGAAAGAGAAGCAGUUGUCUGCACAGCAGAUCUCUCAACACAAGACGCCCGACGAUUGUUGGAUUGUGGUCGACAAUCAGGUAUGGGAUGUGACGGACUUCUUGGAAGAGCAUCCGGGUGGAUCUUCAAUUAUCCUCAAGUACGCGGGACGUGAUGCCACCAAAGCAUACUCUGAAGUCCAUGCUCCGAGUGUCAUCAAAACACAGCUACAUCCAGAGCGAAAUAUGGGAGUGUUGGAUGAAGCGACAAUCAGCGAUGAUUGGGUGAAGCAGCCGCCCACUGAGAAUCCACCUCUGCUCCUAGAGAAUGAGAAGCCACCCCUACACACCCUGAUAAACUCCCACGACUUCGAAUUGGUAGCAUCGAAAACUGCCAGCAAGAAAACGUGGGCCUUCUAUUCCAGUGCUUCAACGGACCUUAUCACGAGGGAUGCGAACAAACUCUGCUUUGACCGCAUAUGGCUGCGACCGAGGGUCUUAAGGAAUGUACGAUCAGUCGACACGAAGACCAAGCUGCUUGGAAUCGACACCGAACUCCCGCUGUUCGUUAGCCCAGCAGCAAUGGCGAAGCUCAUCCAUCCGGAUGGUGAGUUGGCAAUCGCAAGAGCUUGUGGGAACAAAGGCAUUUUCCAAGGGGUAUCUAAUAAUUCUUCCUAUCCUCUCGACGACCUGCGCAGCGCUGCACCUUCAGUGAACAUGUUCUUUCAGCUCUACGUGAACCGCGAUCGUGCCAAGUCCGCUGCUCUCCUCCGCCAAUGUUCCGCCAACCCCAAUGUCAAAGCUAUAUUUGUAACGGUUGAUGCCGCCUGGCCCGGAAAGCGCGAAGCAGAUGAGCGCGUGAAAGCCGACGAAACGCUAUCAGUCCCGAUGGCACCAUCCAAAGCAAAGAAUGACAAAAAAGGUGGCGGCCUCGGGCGAGUAAUGGCAGGAUUCAUUGAUCCGGGAUUGAUCUGGGAGGAUAUGGUGUGGGUGCGGCAGCAUACACAUUUGCCCGUAUGCCUGAAAGGUGUCAUGUCGGCUGACGAUGCGAUCCUUGCCAUGGAAGCCGGGCUCGAUGGCAUUCUGCUAAGUAACCAUGGCGGACGGAAUCUUGAUACUAGCCCACCUUCUAUUGUCACUCUAUUGGAGCUUCACAAGCGGUGCCCGGAGAUCUUCAAUCGGAUGGAGGUUUACGUCGACAGUGGUAUCCGGCGGGGAACUGACAUUCUUAAGGCAGUGUGCCUGGGCGCAACGGCGGUUGGAAUGGGACGCAGCAUGCUCUUUGCGACUAAUUACGGCCAGGAGGGAGUGGAGCAUUUGAUUGACAUAAUGAGAGACGAGCUAGAGACAGCUAUGCGUAAUGUAGGGAUUACUAGUCUCGACGAAGCUGGUCCCCAUUUAGUCAACACUGGAGACAUAGAUCACCUGGUCCCCACCUCGGCCACCCAUCCGUAUGCGCGGAUGGUAGCUAAAGGCCGACGUCCAAUUGGACCUAGGCUUUGAUAUCGAUGCUAUUUGUAAUGGGUCAUUAUACUUCGAUGAACGCAAGAAUACAAGCAUGCAGACUAGCUGGCCAACAGCAACAAUGGCAGCCUUAAGCCACGGAUAACAAGGCCUUUGAUUAGGUAGCUCUCAUCCGAUAGUCAGACAAUCUCGCCAGUCGAGCAUGCUUGCGUAUCAUCACGAGAUGGAUCAAAUGAUGGCAAUGGUCUAGACGGAGUUGACAUAGAAACAACAAGAGCAAUAUGAUCCACAAUUGUUUCCCUUCGCAUCUCCAUUCAUAAAUGCCAUGUUCUAUCCUGGAAGUGGCACAUUGCUGGGAUGAUCCUCAAUGGAUCAACUGAUUCCGCAUACUGAUUAGAUGCUUAUGUCGCAUGAGCAAUUGCCCGUACUGGUAGUCCGUUCUUCUGUCAGGGUAAUACAUGUUUCUAGGCAGAUGACCGGUUCUUCAUUUCGACCACUACUUGGCAUGUCGGCACUUCAUCAAGUGGCGGAUGAAGUCCAAUCCAUAGCAGGAAUAGACCUAUACCCAGCAAGCACCAUUUAUGAAGCUUUAUGAAUUAUCUUCACUUUCGCAGCGCCACUCCCCACAACUGACUCGAGACGCGAGGAG